AUGUCAUCCUCGAGCGAGGGACCAGCUUGCAAGAUAUCUAUGCUUUGGAACUGGUAUACAGUCGAUGCCUGUUUCAUUUCACGGAAUUGGCAUAUACGGUCGGUUGGUGCAUAUGCGGGGAUGCUUGUUGUUCUGUUCUGCCUUGUGAUACUGGUAGAAGGUGUCCGCCGCCUUGGACGCGAUUACGACAGGCGUAUCGUGACACAUCAACAUGCCAUAGCCCUAAGUUCCGAACCAUUUGUCAACAAGACUUCAAGCACGACAAUUGCGAUAAAGCCAACCUAUACCCAACAGGCGGUCCGCAGUCUAUUCCAUACCGUCCAGUUCGGUGCUGGCUAUAUGUUCAUGUUAUUGGCAAUGUACUACAACGGUGGAGUGAUUUUGAUACUUUUUGCUGGAACCUAUGCUGGGCACUUCCUUAUUGGUCGCGAUACACUGGGACAUGCAGAGAAUCCUCACAAGGAAGCUUGUUGCGGGGCUUGA